GAAAACAUCCUCUUGUUUAAAAAAAAACAAACGAAAACAUCAGAAAAUCUCAAAAGAAGUUCGUAAGUCUACAGAGGGAAGAAGAUGAAGACAACGAAAGGAGGGAAAACGAUGAAUCCAACAGAUGCAUAUCGAAAAGAAAUACGAAGGAAAGAAUUAAAAAGGAACAAGAAAGAAAGAAAGAAGGUGAGAGAAGUUGGGAUUUUGAAAAAAGAUCCCGAUACUCUUAAAGAACAGAUUGAUAAGUUGGAAAUGAUGAAGGCGGACGGUGCUCUGGACAAGGCAAGGAAACACAAAAAGAGACAGCUUGAGGACACUCUUAACCUUGUUAUUAAGAAAAGGAAGGACUGCUAUAGUAGUAAUAAAGGCUGUGUAGUUUACGAAGUUUGAGCAACCAUAUUCGCAUCUGGAAGUUUGAGGAGCGGGCAAUCAAACGGAAUAAAUAUUUCAUAGACUAUCUAGAUUUUGUUUUCCUUUUGUAAUAUUUGAUACUAAGUCACUCUAUCAAUUCUUCCGCAUGUUAUUGUUAACACUUUAUUUUGUAUGUUCUUGACUACUUUAGUUAUUUAUAGAACAGCGAUACCAUUCUAACUACAGUUUCCUCCUUUAAACAGGAGUUUGAAGAGAAAGCGAAGGACAAGGGUGAGACGUCAGUUAUGUUCAGCCACUUAGGGCCCCCUCGGAGACGAACUGCUGAAGAAGAAGAGAGAGCGAAACAUCCAAAGCCAGAGGAUUCUGUAUAUUAUCAUCCUACACUGAACCCUACUGGAGCACCUCCUCCUGGAAAGCCUCCCAUGUACAAAUCAUCAAUAGGACCCAGGAUUCCCUUGUCUGCAGCUUCAUCUAGUGUCGGAGCAUCAUCUUCAAAUGCAGAGUCAGAGGAAGGGGAAUUGGGUGGCCCCCCUCCCCCUCCUGCACCACCACCCUUGCCAGACUCUAGUGAAUUAGGCCUCGGGGAUGUGUCUACAUUGCCUCUACCUCCUCCACCUCCAAUGCCACCUCAACCUGCUGCUGCUAAUUUAGGUAGUGCAUUGCCCCCACCAUCACUACCUCCACCUCCUCCUGGUCCACCACCACCCAAAGAACAAGGUUCUGUUCCCACUUCACUUCCUCCACCUCCACCGCCACCCCGCUCUACUCAGCCACCUCCACCUGGUACAAAUGCUAGUGAGAUGGGUCAAUCUGCGCCAUCAGAUGGCUCAAAUGUUAAAGAGUCUGAGCAUCUGCUGGUUAUGCUUCCUCCACCACCCCCACCUCCCGGAUUGCCACCUAAGUCUGAUGCCAAUAGUUUUACAGGGACCAAGGAUGUCAUUAACAUGCUUCCACCACCUCCACCACCACCUCCAAAUCAGCAAGUGCCAAGGCCUGCCUUAGUCCAUACCAUACAGCCGGAUAUACUACCCCCAGGUAUUGCUCGUUUGCCUCCACCCCCACCUCCUCCAGGACCACCAUUAUCUGUCCCAGGACUUCCUCCUCGUCCUGGACUUCCUGGCAUGGUUCUGCCACCAAUGCCAAGACCACUCUUUGGUCCUCCACCUGGACCACCACCAAUGAUGAGACCACCACUUCCACCUGGCCCUCCUCCUAGCUUCCAGCAGGAAGACACUUACAGUGCUUUUAGAUCUUCAGCACCCCAGAAGCUAUCUUAUGUUAAGUCGGCAGCAUCUACAGUUGUGAAGAGGCCGCUGGCACAGCAUACUCCUGAACUUACAGCUAUGGUUCCUGCAUCUGUACGAGUGAGAAGAGAGACGGCUGUCCAGAAAACAAAAUCUAAGGUCCCACAAUUAGCACAAACAACGGCAACACCACGACCAGCAGCAGCACCUGUAGCAGCCAUCAGGAAGCCGGAGACUGUGAAGCCCUCAAAUGCACCAAAGCCACAAAGUGUUGACGACUCUUAUAUGGCCUUUUUGGAGGACAUGAAAGCCCUCGGUGCACUUGAUAGUUGAGAAAUUGUAGUCUGGCAAACAAGUUCUUCAAGGGAGAAUUUUUCAUCCUGUUAAUUGUUACAGGUUAGAAUCUUAGCGCUUGUUUUUUUUCUUUCAAUGGUAGAUUCCGUUUUUAUCAAAUCUAUGUAAACCUUGAAAUCUUGGAUUGUACUGUUAAAUUGUAAUUAUAAUUUUUCUAAUUUUAUCGUUAACUUAAAUUUGAAUCUCAAUCUCAGAUAAACAUUGCUUCCA